UAUGGGAAUUUGUUUCUCAAAACAAAAUGUUAUCAUUCCUGCAAUAUAUAAUCCAGAUAUUGAAAAACAACUCACUGAUGUUCAUAAUGCUCUUAAAGGAGAGUUUAUGAGUAUGGGUUUUCCAACUAAUGUUACUCUACGUAUAGCAAAUACAGAAUGGUAUGAAUUGGUUAAAUACAGACAAAUUGCAAUACCUCCUCACAUUAUUUUUCCUAAUCCAAUUUCCAAAGAAUGGAUAGAAGAAAAUUAUGAUUUUCGCCAUGUUGAUAAAUUUGUCAUGAAAAAAAUGAACAAAUCAUUUUUAAACAAAACACCACAACAAGUUGCAAUUUUUUUAAUUAAGGAUUUCAAUGAUGAAAUGUUAAGAGCUCGAGCUUUAUUCCGUUGGUUAGCUUCAAUCAAUCUAGAUAAAAUAAAUUAUGAUAAGUUGAUGGACAAUCAAAUGAGAUAUACUCUAUAUAGGUUAAAACAAAACAAUAUAUCCUACGGUAAAGUGUUAAAAAUUCUUUGCAGUUUUGUAAAUAUUUACUGUGAAGAAGUCUCUGGUUGGGCUAAACAUGCAAAUUAUGAAAUUGGAGAGAAAAUAAAUUUAAAUGAUAAGAAUUUUUGGAAUAUUAUUAGAAUAAAUGGUUUCUGGUAUCUUUGUGAUGCUAAUUUUGGAAGUCACAAAAUUUUUCAAGGGGAAAAAAAAUAUUCAUUACUCCAGUUUUUCUUCAAAAAGAAAAAUCUUACAAGUCAAAAAAAAUAUCAAUAUGAUAAUGGAUAUUUUUUGCCCAAUCCAGAGGAAUUCAUUUACAAGCAUAUUCCAGUUUUGAGUAAACAUCAGCUUUUAGCUAGAACAGUAACUUUACAAGAAUUUGAGGAAAUGGCAUAUUUAAGACCUGCAUUUUUUGAGCAUAAGCUUGGAAUUAUUUCUCAUCCCAAGUGUACUGUUUUUGCUGAACAAUCCAGGAAUGAAAUUCUUAUUGGAACAGACAAAGAAUUCCCUGUAAUAUUUGCUUAUACUAUUUUUAUUAGUGAUGAGACUGUUUUAGAUACUGGUCUAGUACAAGAUAUAAAAAAAGAAACUAUAGAUCCAAGUUUAUAUAUAACCAUAUUUCAAAACAAAUCAAAAAACCUUCUAAUCAUUAGGCUGAGAUUACCUCAAACAGCUAAAUAUAAGCUAAGACUUUGGGUGUCCAAAGAUGAUAUUAAACUUAAAGAACCUGACUAUAAAUGGUGUACUGACUACAUUAUUAAAUACACAAAAAGAGAUAAUAUAUAUAUUCCUCCAUUUCCAAACACAAAUCUAUCUGAACUUGGACCAAAUUAUAGAGCUAGAAAAUGCAAUUUUACAAAUAUGUUCCCUGUACUUGGAAUGUAUACUUCAUCAAAUAAAAAUUAUACAGAGAUUCAUUUUAAUGGAGAUGAUAAUGAAUAUGAGUUUUCUGUAGAAAUUACAAAAAAAAGUUUGCCUACAAUUACUUCAUAUAUUGUUAAAAGUGAGGAAAAAGCAAAUUAUACUUUAAUAUUUCCAGAUAAUGGAAGUAGAACUAUUGGCAAACAAACACAUUUCUUUAGGUUAAAAUUAAGGAUGGAAGAUAAUUUCCAAUCUUAUCAAGAAUGUUCUAAAAAUAUACAUUUUAAGAUAUUUAAAAAGAUAUCAUGUCAAUUUAAAAUUGAAUUAAAAUGGUAUGAUGAAAACAAUGAAGGACAUGAUUUAUCUAUGUAUUCAUUCUUUGUAAAUAGUUAUGAAGAUGUUACAUUCUACAUCAAUUUUCCAUUACCAGGAAUGUAUAAACUUGAAAUUGAAGCAAAGGAAUUAAAUUCCAGAAAAAAUUAUGAAUUGAUCUAUAAUUCUUAUUUUUAUGCAAUUGAAUCUAAUACAAAUUCAUUUCAAUUUCCAAUUGUUACUGAUAAAUGGAGAAUUAGUGAAACUCAUAAAAUUCUUCAACCAUUUAGAAAACUCUACUCAAAUGAAAAAGUAUUAAUACAGAUUGAAGGUUUUAAAGCUGAUGAAAUGAUUGCCUGUCGUGUAAAUGACAAUGAAAUUUUUCAUUUUGACCUCUUUAAUGAUAUAUGGGAAUGUGAAAUUGACACUGGUGAAAAUUUUGGAGAUUUAGUUAUUAGAGCAAAAAUUUAUAAAAAUGCAAAAUUUUUUACUGAAAUUUUAAUUUAUAAAAUUUUUAAAAAUCCAAUUAUGAAAAUGGCUAAACCUGCAAUAGAGAAUAGUGAAAUCGCCAGUGAACCAGAGGAAGCUACAAUAGAGAAUUGUGAAACCACUAGUGAACUGGCUGAACCUGUAAUAGGGAAUAGUGAAAUUAACAGUACACUGGAUAAACCUGCAAUUGAUAAUAGCCAAGCUAUUAGUAAAAAUGAAAAUAUAGACAAGAUAAAUGCUUCACAAACAAUUGAUAUUUCUAAAAAUGAAGUAUCUGAUGAAAAUGAUUUUAUUAAAACAAUGAAAUAUGUGCCAAAUGUUCAAUUUGAGACAAUUGAAAAUGCUACUAAUAUAGAAGAAAUUGGUGAAAUAGAUUGGUCAUUAAAAAUGGAAGAAGUUAUCUAUAUCAGUGAAUUUCUACCAGCUGAUGACUCUGAUGAUGGAGAGGAUAAAACUUUUAAAAUAAAUGAGAAUGGAAAUGAAAAAGGUAAAAAAGAAAUUGUAAAUAAUGCAGAAGAAACCACAGGAAAGCCAGGUAAUAGAAAUGAUGAAAAGGAAGAGAAAUCACAGCAACAACACAAUGAUCAGGAAGAUGUAGCAAAGAAGGCAUCAGAUUUGAAAAAGGCAUAUGAAGAAAAAGAUUAUAAAAAGUUAAAAGUAGCUAUAGACAAAGCUUCUGUUAAACCAAUAAAUCCUUUAUUAAUUAAAGAUUUAUCAAAAGCUAAUGAAUUAAAAGCAAAUUUAGAAAAAAUUUGUGGUUUGCAAAACAGGAUUUUAAAACUUGAUGCAAAGUGUAUUGCAGAAUUAAAUCAGUAUAAUCAACCACCUGCUGUUGUACAUCUGGUUAUAAAAUCAACAUUAUUGAUUUUAUCAAUUGAUGAAGGACAAACUGAUGAAUGGAAAGAAUGUCGAGUUUUUAUUAAAUAUGCAUGCUCUUAUUCUAUUUUAAAGAAAAUUAAAGCUCUUAAAAUCUUAACUGUACAUCCAGCAAUCAUUCUCAGAGCUGAACAAAUAAUUUGUGAAUUAAAUCUGCAAGAAGUCAAGGAGGCAAGUGCAGGUGCAGCAGCAUUCUAUUUAUGGUGUAAAGGUAACAUUGACAUCUAUAAAAAGAUUAACAAAGAAGAAAUAGGAAAAUCACAGCCAGCAACCAGAAAAAUACAAAAAAAUAUCUUUCUAUCAUCUUUUCAUCAUUAA